AGCAGAGGAGAGUAGAGGAGAAGGAGGAGGGAUUUCAUGCAUACAGUAUGUAGCUGAAGGCAAUCAGUACGCAAUCUUCACAUGCAGAUUGGAGCCUUGGGUGCAAUGUACAAGAAAACUAUUUUGAGUCAUGAAGUGGAGUACUAAAAUGGCGACACGCCUGAUUUGUAGAACUUGAGAAGAGAAUUUAAUGAAGCGCAAGAGUAUGUGAAAAUAGUUUUACAGAAGGCAUCAACAUACAGUAAAGGGCUGAUCAGCCUCCCUGGCUCCACUCCACAGUGUCAUUUAAUGUGAGUAAGAUUGGGAACACGGUAUUCAACUAUGAAGAAGGGGUCCAUCAAAUUUUGGGUGGUGGUUGUGGCUGCUUUGAGCUUGAGCUAUAGCACUUUUAUCCUGACCAAGGUGUCCUUUGCAUCACAUAGGAUUAAAAAAAAGAGCAACCCUUUUCUGUGUUUUUCUGAUGUUAAUGGCUCAACAAAAGACACAAGCCUUGCAAACCAUCAAUUACCAUAUGGAAUUCAAAAAUCAGAAUCAGCAUUUGCGACAGUCCUACACAUCUUGAAAGGAUGUGACCUUCCACUUGAAGUAAAGAAAAACAAGUGCAGGAAGUGUGUUGUUGUCGGCAAUGGCGGAGUCCUGAGAAAUAAGAUGUUAGGCAAACGUAUUGACUCUUUUGAAGUUGUAAUAAGGAUAAACAGUGGCCCUGUGCGUGGGUACGAGAGUGAUGUUGGGAAAAGGACCACGUUCAGACUGUGCUAUCCUGAAUCCAUCUUUAAAGAUCCCAGAGAUGCUGAUCCAGACACAACUGUAGUCAUCAUCCCAUUUAAACCACAUGAUUUAAGAUGGGUGACUGAUGUACUACUACACAAACCAGUGAAUGUCACAGGAUUCUGGAAAAAGCCUGCUACAAAACUAAUUUACAAGCCAGAUCAGCUCAGGGUGUUAAGUCCUUUCUACCUGUACAAAGCAGCCCACAACGUUUUUCACUUACCUGAGAAAUUUCUUCUUGAAAAGAUACUCCCAACAUCAGGAAUUAUUGCAAUCACAAUGGCUCUGGAUGUGUGCGAAAAAGUAUAUAUAGCAGGGUUCAAGUACGACUUAUCUUCAGACAAUUACCUGCACUAUUAUGGAAACGAGACAAUGUUUGAGAUGACAAAGAAUGACAUUCACGACAUCACUGCUGAGCAGAUUUUUCUCCACCAGCUUAAAUAUAGACAAGUAAUCACUGACCUGAUAGAAGAGUGAGCACCAACUGAUCCAAGGCGACUUACAGAGAGUAGGGUGUCUGAACUAUGCAUCAGCUGCAGAGUCACUUACAACAACGUCUCACUGAAAGACGGAGCACAAGGAGGUUAAGUGACUUGCUCAGGCACCAAGUUGUUUACAGGAGUUGUUGACACCUUACAAUCCAAGUCGUACUCUAAGAUCGCAGGAUGUGGGGCUGUUGGUUGUUCCGAGAGUGAAUAAAGAUGGUGCGGGAGGGACGGCUUUCUCUUAUAAAGCCCCAAUGUUGUGAAAUGCUCUACCAUCUUCAGUCAAAAAAGCAGGGAAUCUUUCUAUUUUUAAAACAGCAUUGAAAACCUAUUUUUAUAUAAUGGCUUUUUUUUACCAUAAUUUUAUCACUGACUAUAUAUCGUCUUUUUAACUGUUUUAGGAAUUAUCUUUGCUUUUUAAAUGUUGUAUUACAUUGUAAAAUGUUGUAAAGUGCCUUGAGGUUCCCGUGAUGAAAGACACCAUAUAAAUGUAAAUAAAUAAAAUAAGCAAACAUUUAUUUUCACUUCAAAAACACAAAAUUACAAACUCUGGUACUGCAGUACACUAGGUUAAAGAAAUGCUUUUAGACUUUCUUGCACUUCCUGGGUUGUCCUGGAGAGUGAAGCUGACCCCACCUAUUCAUUGGAUUCUUUCUAGCUGCUUCCCCUAUUGACUGACAUGAAAGUUUGCUAUGUUUAAACCGGACAUGUUCCUAGUAAAAUUGCCCAUACUUGCCUUGAAAUCUGCCUCACCUUUGUUUGGGUACAUUUGUUGGUACAGUUGUUUUGCCUUCUCCAGGACCAGCACUCAGCUUAUGGAGUGCUUUAUCAAAAUCUCAUCAUCAUCUUUGUGUACAAGUCAUCUAUUUUCUUUGCUCUGCUGUCUUUCCUGUGCCUUGCAAAUUGUUGGAUUUUUUUUUUCUUGGCUUUUUUUUAAUAUAGCUGACAAUUUCCCGAUACUGUAUUGAUACCACUGUCAAGUUUAAAACAUGUAUUUUCAAUGUUUUCUUUGAAUUGAAAGCGUAACACAUUUGGCAGUCUAUAUACACGGGUUCACAUAACCUUAAUUCUGUAUAACAUGUGUUUGAUGAAAUGUGUUUAAUAACAAUUUGAAUAUACUUGAAUGCCGGUUCUGAUCAAAUAUAUUAUUACUCCAUGCCUGAAUAUACUUUUAAAACCAGUUCUGAUCAAAUAUAUUUUUAAUCCAUGUCUGAAUGUAUUUUCUGGGGAUUUAAUACUAUGCACUUUUUUUAUAUUUUAAUUGAAUUGUGUUGCAUUUAAAAACAACAGUAUUUUUUUCUUUAAA